AUGGAGCUGGACGAUCUGCCAAAGGAGAAGCUGAAAGAGCUGAUUUGGCAAGAGGCUGAACUACAUCACACUCGUAUGCAAGAAGAAGCCGCCAAAGCUGCUGUACAAUAA